AUGGCAACCCAUUUUCUAGCUGGUAUUUGCACCAACGAUUAUGUGCUGUUGGCAUCCGACCGGAGUUGUUUCUCGUUUGGUGCAUUAGUUGUUACGAACGAACAUGAGAAGAAAUUUGUAUUGGGUAAAAAAUUAAUACUGAUGUGCAUCGGUGAAGGUGGCGAUGUGGCUCAGUUCGGUGAUUGGUGCAAGAGAAAUAUACAACUUUAUAAGCUUCGAUAUGGCUAUGAAAUGAGUCCGAAAUCUAGCCACCAUUGGAUUCGUCAGAGUAUCGCAAACUCAUUAAGAACGGAAAACGCUUAUUAUGUCGAUGCAUUAGUUGGUGGCUUUGAUGACAUCGAGAAGAAACCGUUUCUUGGAUCAGUUGAUUAUCUUGGCAAUGGACUUGCCGAUCAACCCUAUCUUUUUAGAGGCUUUAGUGGCAAAUUUUGUUACUCAAUUCUCGACAGAAUGUAUAAACCAGAUAUGACCGAAGAAGAAGGAAUCACUGUUUUGAAGAAAUGUUUAUGUGAAGUUAAACGUAGAUUCAUUGCAAAUUUGUCGAGUUUUGAGCUAGUGAUUAUUGACAGAAAUGGAAUCAGGCAACUGGACAGCGUUGAAAUGUAA